UUCAAAUGUCUCAGCAGAUUCAGAAAACUACUGCAAAUAGCAAAGAGAUGCUGUCCAAUCCCAGCCUCACAGCUGUUCAGGGGACUUUGAACGUGGUGAUGAACCAGAACGUGACCCUCUCCUGCAGCUCAGACUCCGGAUCCCCACCUGUCAGAUACACAUUGUUUAAGUGCAAUCAGAAGGUAUCCAGUUUGCAUAGGCCAGACUUGACCCCCGGUUUAUUUAACUUGACUAUUAAAUCUGCCGGUGACGUGGGUGAAUACAAAUGCAAAGCUGAGAAUAACAUCUCCCGCAGUGGGAAAUACAGCAAGAGUCUCAACUUCACCCUUAUAGAGCCAAUUUCCAAACCAGUGCUGAGCUCACCCACCUCUCAAGCAAAGAAAGGCCAGAACGUUACCCUGUCUUGUCUCUCAGAGAACGGCUCUCUUCCUAUCACAUACAUAUUCUUCAAAGGAAGACAAACGAUCUCUCAGCCAGUGAAGAUGCAGAAGAGCAAAGCAGCUGUGAUUUUUCUAUUUAUCAAUUCCUCUAGUGACUUUGGAACCUAUAAAUGCAGAGCUGAAAAUAGCUGUUGUAAUAAUACAAAAUACAGCAACAGUUUCAACUUUACAUUAGCAGAAGAGAGAAGCCAUUCUCAACCUUUGAUCAUUUCUCUUGGGCUGAUCUUGCUACUAUUCAUAAUAGGAUUUGCUCUGGCAAUUCCAUUUUUCAUAAUUCCUUCAUAUAAAGCAAAAAAAAUUAAGUCUACUAGGUCCUCAACUGGCCUUACUUCAACAAUAAAUGAAGAGGCUGAAAACGACGUCUUGUACACAGAGAUUGAGCUUGUUAAACCAGAAGAAGAAUACGUCAACUUUUCUGUCUUUUCUGUAACUGGAAGAGAAGAUGAAAAAGGUGAACACCUCAAGCUAUAA